UUCCAUUCAUUGAUUCGGCACGUCACCGGUCUUUCUAUCUUAAACUGCAUGGGGUACGGGUUGUAUCGUCACUGAUUAUCAAAAAUGACUGAAACUUUAAAACUCCGAGGAACCCUAUGUGGACAUAAUGGUUGGGUUACGCAAAUUGCAACCAAUCCCAAAUAUCCGGACAUGAUUUUGUCUUCAUCUCGAGACAAGACCCUGAUUGUAUGGAAAUUGACCCGAGAUGAAACAAACUAUGGUGUCCCUCAGAAGCGUUUGUAUGGUCAUUCCCAUUUCAUCUCGGACGUAGUACUAUCCAGCGAUGGCAACUACGCACUCUCUGGUUCUUGGGAUAAGACCCUACGCUUGUGGGAUCUCGCUGCCGGAAGAACCACUAGGCGUUUUGAAGACCAUACUAAGGAUGUCCUUUCUGUGGCUUUCUCAGUAGAUAAUCGUCAGAUUGUCUCUGGUUCCCGUGACAAGACCAUCAAGUUGUGGAACACUCUGGCAGAGUGCAAAUACACUAUCCAAGAUGAUGGCCACACUGACUGGGUGUCAUGUGUUCGAUUCUCCCCCAACCAUGCCAAUCCUAUCAUCGUGUCUGCUGGUUGGGACCGCACUGUCAAGGUCUGGCAUCUUACUAACUGCAAGCUCAAGAUCAACCACCUUGGCCAUUCUGGAUAUUUGAACACUGUCACUGUUUCUCCUGAUGGUUCCCUUUGUGCUUCUGGUGGAAAGGAUAUGAAGGCUAUGCUCUGGGAUCUGAAUGAUGGCAAGCACCUACAUACCUUGGACCAUAAUGAUAUCAUCACAGCACUCUGCUUCUCACCCAACAGAUACUGGCUGUGUGCUGCAUUCGGACCAUCCAUUAAGAUUUGGGACUUGGAGAGCAAGGAAAUGGUUGAAGAACUGAGACCAGAAAUAAUUAACCAAACACAGACUAACAAAUCUGAUCCUCCCCAGUGCCUUUCUCUCGCAUGGUCCACUGAUGGUCAGACCCUAUUUGCUGGUUACUCAGAUAACAUUAUCCGAGUCUGGCAGGUUUCUGUUUCUGCACGAUAAAAUGACACAGGAUAGUUUCAUUUAUUUUUGUUCUAAAUACUGUAAGGAUAAAAAUAAAUGGAAUUGUAUUCAGUA